UGUGAGCUUCUUGCCGUUUACUUGCUGGAAUUGGAAUUGGCAUCUCAUCUGCUAUUGUGCCACUUUACAUAUCUGAGAUCUCACCAACUGAAAUUCGUGGCACACUUGGAUCUGUCAACCAACUGUUUAUCUGUAUUGGGAUUCUUGCAGCAUUGGUGGCUGGGUUGCCCUUAGCAGGAAACCCUUUAUGGUGGAGGUCAAGGUUUGGUAUUGCAAUGAUACCCUCUGUUCUAUUGGCAUUGGGAAUGGCAUUUUCUCCAGAAAACCCUCGGUGGCUUUAUCAGCAAGGAAAAAUUUCUCAAGCUGAAAUGUCUAUAAAAACUCUAUUUGGAAAAGAAAAAGUUGUUGAGGUUAUGAAUGACUUAAGUGCAGCUAGUCAAGGUUCUUCAGAACCAGAAGCUGGUUGGUUUGAUCUUUUUAGUAGCCGCUAUUGGAAAGUUGUCAGUGUUGGUGCAGCACUUUUCUUGUUUCAACAGUUGACUGGAAUAAAUGCUGUUGUAUAUUAUUCUACGUCUGUAUUUCGCAGUGUUGGAAUCGCAUCUGAUGUUGCAGCCAGUGCUCUCGUUGGGGCAUCAAAUGUUUUUGGUACAACAAUAGCAUCCUCUUUGAUGGACAAACAAGGAAGAGUCUUUUAAUGACAAGCUUUGCUGGAAUGGCAGCUUCAAUGCUAUUGCUUUCCUUGUCACUCACUUGGUCGGUCAGUGUGUGAGAAGUAAAAACAGAGAGCAAUGAGUCAAGCCUGAAGAAGUGUCAGACAGUAACCUGCACAGUUUCUAUUUCAGCACAGAAAGCAAAGUCUCUCUCUCUUCCUUUUAAUUAAGUGUUUAAACACCCUACACA